CCGCAAAAACCACAACUCACCAGACAAUGCUCUAAGCCAUCCCAAUCACCCACCACUCCCAAUCAACAACUCAAUACCAUGCGCAUCCGACUUCCCUUCGCCGGAGCCUUCCUCAUCCUCCUCCUCGGCGCCGCCUACCUCGGUCUCUCCUCCCUCCAACUCGGCCUGCACAUCAACGACAAAGCCCUCCACACCCUGACCUUUUUCCUCCUCACCCUCUGCUUCUACUGGAUCCUCGACACCUCGCGCCGCCGCACCCUCAACCUCACCCUCUCCAUUUGCACCUUCCUCCUCGGCAUCGGCUCCGAAUUCCUGCAAGCCCUCUUACCAAACGGGCGCGACUUCGACGCCUACGACAUCCUCGCCAAUGUCCUCGGGAGUCUGGCGGCGGUGGGGCUGAGUACCUGGUAUCAUAAGCGGAUGGUGGAGAGGAAGAGGUUGAGAAAGAAUUAUACCGCCGUGCCGGGCGAGGAUGGGGAUAUGGAUCUUGAACUGGGAGAGGGAUCCGGCGCGCAGGAGAGUGGUGUUGUGCCGGGGCAUACGGCGCCCGCGGCGGUGAGUUUGGAGGAGGAGGUUGAUGCGUGGGAUGAGAAUGCAGAGGAUACUUGGGAAGAGGAUGAUGCUGGCGUUGUGAGUCCGGAGGGGAAGGCGGGGAAGGCGCCGAGUGCUAGUAGUAGGGGGGAUGAGGGGGAGGGGAAGAAGAGGGCGGAUUGAGUUGAGCGGGGAUGAUGGUGGGAUAUUUUGAUGAUGGAUAUGAUGAGAGGUCGUUGGGUGUUCGGCGUGUAUACCAUUCGAAAGGAAAGGGUGAUUUUUAUAUAGGUUCGGGAGAGGGGUGUGUAUUUUUGUGCUGUAGGAUCUAUAAACAGUCUGCUUUGAAUACACGGCCUUGCUAGAUAGGGUUUUAAUUCAAUGUUGGAAAUAUG